UAAAACUUGACUCAGUCUGCACUCCAUGAACUCCCUUUUAGCAACCCAUUUGUGAAAAGCCCGCCGCUUCCAUCACUCACUCCCUUUUCUUUCUCCAUUUCAGUUCCAUCAAAACUUUUUCUUCCUUCCCAACAACAAAUUCAGAUUCUUUAAUUCACGUGUAACACUCACACCACAGACCCAACAGCAUCACAUAACAUUUGUAUAUAAAAAGAAUCAUAUUCUUGAGUUGUUUGUUGUUCGAAACAAAUUAGAAGAAUCAAGAAUCAGAAACCAUGAGAGCAAAACUGAUUGUUUUCCCAAUUAAAGGCAGGAAUUGGUGUUUUAGUAGAUCCAUUGACCCGACUGUGGCUGAGGCUGCUUCCGCUUACACUCCCAACACUCUUCCAGAACUCUGGAAGAACAUUUCUUCUUCCAACUCUAGCUCUCACAAUGCUGAACUUCUCAUUGAUUUUAUGUCUAAUAAGAUGAAUAAAGCAUGGAUGGGUUUUGAGAAGGCUCCUCAGGGAAGUGUCAAGAACAGGAUUCAUGGGUUGGGAUUUAAGCUUUUGUCCAGGGUUAAGCCAUCUGAGAUUUUCUUGAAAUCUAUAUCUAAGGAGGUUACUCAUGUUGAAGUUACUUACCCCUACAGUUUAAAUGCAAGACUUGUACGGAGAAGACUACGGCAUAUUGCCAUGAGCGGGUCUAUCAUUCACAAGAGAUAUUUGUAUGGUUCAGUCGCUAUACUUCCAUUGACAAGUGCAUUUAUGGUUUUACCUCUGCCCAACAUUCCAUUCUUUUGGGUCUUGUUCCGUGCUUAUUCUCACUGGCGAGCUCUCCAGGGUAGUGAGAAGCUCCUUCAGCUAGUAUCAGACAGUCCAAACGCUGAGAAUAUUCAGGAUAUGAAGGAAAGCAAAACGAAGAGCGAUCACAUCGAGCACAUGAUCAAGAAGCCACGGAACUUUCCAUGGGUGUUGCAGCCAUCGAAGGAGCUCAAGGAACUUCUCCAGUAUGAAAAUGAAAAUAAUGGCCUUUCUAAAUGUGCUAUUUCAAAAAUAUGCAAGACCUUUAAUUUGAACACUAACGAUGUUCUAAAGUUUUGGCGCUCAAUGUAGCGUAAUAUUGCUCGGAGCAUUUACCUAGUUGAAAUGCAAUCCAGGCAGCUGACUUCCUAAUGAAUGAGAAGCUCAAUUUUGUUUACAGCAAAGACCUUUACAUGGGAAGACUUUUUUUAAGUUGUUUUAGUUUAAUGGGGGCAAGAGGCUCAACUAUGAGAACCCAACAUUGAUAAUUGAACACACAACUCAAAUCUUUCAGAUUGCUGACAAAUCAGGUGUAAUUAGGAUUUGUAUUUGAUUCCAAUCGAAUCACAAUAUAAUCAAAUUUACGAGAGGUUUAUUAGUUUAA